AUGGCUCAGGAGGCUGGCACCAGUGUGGAAGCCGAAAAGAUGGAAAACCAAACCCAGCAGCCCCCAGAAGAGAAUGCCACGGUGAUGCCCAGGAAGAAGGGUCCCCGGAAUCCGCGUUCUGUGCUCCAAGUGUCCCAGGUGCUGCUGCGAGCCAUCGCGGCCCACAAAGGCCUGACCCUUGGGGACCUCAAGAAGGAGCUGGGGAAUGCGGGCUACCAAGUGCGCAGGAGGAGUGGGAGCCCCAGCCCAGAGACAGCCAGGCCAGAGACCAAGAGGGGUGCGCUUCUGCGGGUGAGUGGCAGCGGUGCCUCUGGCUACUUUAGGGUCUGGAAGGUGCCCAGGCCAAAGCCCAAGCGACGCCUCCCCAAGUUGGAGGAGGCUGCCAGGUCUUCGAGGAGGAGCCCUGCGCGCCAAAGGAACCCAUCCAGGGGCCAAACGCAGCAGUCACGCAGGGCCACCAGGAAGGCUCGGGGGCCAGGGAGACCCCCCAAGGGAACCGUGCAGAGGACCAGGCCCAGAAGCAAGGGACCCUCGCAGCAGCCUGCACGUUCUAGAGCCAAAGACACCACCAAGCAUCAGCCCUCGAAGGAAGUGGUCCAGCCUAGAAGGCAAGAGAAGAAGAGACCCAGCACCAAAGCCAGGAAAGAAAGGAAGCAGGAGCCCCAGAAGGCCACCCUGGCUGCUCCAAAGCAGCCUUUUGCAGAGCCAGUGAACAUGCAAGGCCUUAGGGGACCCGACUGCUGCUCCAAGAUCCCCAAGAAGGAAGUUUCUCUUGGGCAGCUGAAGACGUGUGACCUCAAGAUGACUCGCUCUAAGUCCUCCCUAAAACUCAAGAGUCCUGCGAAUGUGCUCAAGACACCCUAG